AUGGCUUCUUCUUCGGCUCGACCAUUGGCUAACCUGGCGUUCGAUGAAAUUUGUCGUCGGCUGGAGGUAUUCGUCGCUGGGAAAAAAGCGUCUGCGUCGUUUGUUUGUGGGGGCCUCGUCCCUAUUGAUGUGCACACCGCAGCUAGUUCCAUACCACCCAAAACCACCGUGUCUCCGCCAGUGAGGGUCUGCUGGCGAACAGAUGGUGACAACAUCCUGCGAGAGUUGACUCUACCUCUUGACUCACAGGCCGGCCCCAAAGCUGAAUCUGGUUUGCGUCAACUGGUAGUAGACUGCGAACCUGCUAGCUUUGGCAAGGGACAGCAAGAUGUUCUUGAUCCCAAAUACCGAAAAGCUGGAAAACUCGAGCCUCGAAGUUUUCUCACCAGCUUCCACCCAUCAGACCUUGGGAUCCUUCAAAAUGUGGAGCAAAUUCUCCUUCCAAACUUCAACACAGACUUGGAAAACCGUCUACCCUUCCGAAAAAUGCAUGCUGAGUUAUACAAACUGAAUGUUUACUCGGGACCAUCUGGUCUUUUCCGGAAGCAUGUUGACACACCACGAUCCGAGAGCCAGAUCGGCUCACUCGUCGUUUGCCUGCCCUCUCAUUUUAAAGGGGGCAACUUGAUCGUUCAACAUGAGGGAAAACAGGUCGAGUUCGAUUGGAGUCACCAGAGUGCGUCUGCGAUUCAAUGGGCGGCAUUUUAUAGUGACUGCGAGCAUGAGAUCAAAACAAUCACAGAAGGAGAGCGAAUCACCUUGACGUACAACCUCUACGUAACAGAGCCAGUGGGGGGAUCAAUUCCGCCAAGCUUGAUUGUUGACCCAAAGAGCAUGUCAUUGUAUAGCUUUUUGGAAGAACUUCUCGUGGAGCCAGGCUUCAUGACAGACGGUGGCGCUUUAGGGUUCUUUUGCUCUCACGCAUAUCCUCACGCCUCCGAUGAGGCUCCAAUGCUACUUCCGAGAGCACUCAAGGGGUCUGAUCUUGUGCUUUACUCUGUUUUCAAAUCCCUUGGAAUACAAAUUGAUGUCCUCCCCGUGGUUCUUGAUAGUUAUUAUGAUCCAUCUGAGGAAAAACAUGUGCGCGUUGGAGACCGGCUACGUCCGUACAGUUCCUCUGACAUGACUGAAGAGGAAGAAAAUGGAGUCGAGCUGUAUUGGCCGGGCGACUAUAGGCCGGAAAUUACAUGGAUCGGCUCUCCAACACACAAAGAGAUGGCCCUUGCAUAUAUAGCUUAUGGAAACCAAGCUUCACUAGGAACAGUGUACUCUUAUGCAGCGCUGAUAGCCGAUAUCCCACCAUUCCUAGAGCGACAGGGUCUUAUUUUGGCGUGA